AUGGAAUCGGAAAAUAAGGAUAGGAUCAGUGAUUUACCAGACGCACUGAUAUGUCACAUCUUAUCCUUUCUUCCAACAAAAGAAGCUGUUUCCACUUCUGUUCUUGCCAAAAAGUGUAGGCCUCUGUUUGUUGAUGUACCAAGUCUUGACUUAGAUGACUCCAUCUGUCGCAACACUCCAAUGAGUUACGAAGAAAAGAGAACGAAUGGUACAAGUUUUAUGCAUUUUGUGGAUCGUGUAUUGGCUUUGCAAGGGAAUGCUCGGAUCAAGAGAUUCCAACUUGUAGGUAGUGAUGUUGUCAAUGAACUAUGGGUGCUGGAUUGGGUACCAAAAGUGUUGAGACGUGGUGUAUCGGAUAUUCAUCUAAGCAUGUCUUCGCAUUGGGAAAAUUUUGAGUUCCUGAGAUUUAAUCCUCUGCCUCCAGAGAUGUUUGUAAGCAAGACACUGGUUAGGCUGACAAUCAUAUAUGAACAUGGCGUCAACAUUAGUGUGAAAGGUGAUGUUUCACUUCCGAAGCUUAAGACUCUCCAUCUUAACUAUUUCAAGAUAACAACGAGUAUGUUUAACAAGCUUCUCUCUGGCUGUCACACGCUCGAAGAAUUAGUGCUGACUAAUUUGAUUUGGGCUAAGUCUUUGAAACAUGAUGUUGUGUUCAUAUCUAUCCCAACCCUCAAGAGACUCAAAUUUUGUCGCUAUGAACAAUAUGAUGAUGCUAACAAAACCGUGUCCUUGUCAUUUGAUAAUCCAAAUCUGGUCUACAUGGAGUAUUUUGAUACUGUUGUGGAUAGGUAUCAACAAGUGAGUUUUGGUUCGCUUGUUGAAGCUACUAUCGGACUUCGACUUACACCAGACCAGUCCUAUUUGCAAUGGUAUGAAUGUGAGAAUUAUUUGACAUACAAUGAAAAGUCUAAUGUAACAAAAUUUCUCAACGGAAUACUCAAUGUCAAGAUCCUCCACUUGACUCCUGACAUGCUUCAGGUACUUGGUUGCUGCCGUGAUACAAUACCAAUAUUCAACAACCUCACUCGUUUAACUAUCGAGACUAAACCAGAAACCGAAGUACUAUGGAAACCAUUGCCAGCUUUACUCAAGAGUUGUCCAAAUCUAGUAACCCUCGUCUUCAAAGGACUGCAUCAUAUAUCCACAGAUAGAUGUGAGGAUGGGGACGGGUGCUUAUGCAAGUAUUUUAUUGAGUAUACGGAAGUGGUGGCUCGUACUUGUCUGUCAUCAAGUCCGGUCAAGGUUAUAGAGAUACUUAACUUUGCUGAUGACAAUGAUGACGACGACGAUGAUGAUGAAAAUGGUGGACUUGUUCAUUGCUUAAGGGAGAAGAUAGAGCAUGUCAAGUACUUCCUAGAGAAUAUGCCGAAUCUUGAGCAAGUGAGAAUGCGCUUUCUUUCAUCAAAUGAAGAAGAUGUAAUGAUGAAAGUAUUCAAGAAACUUCAGAAUCUUUCCAAAGUAGCUUCACCCAACUGCAAAAUCCAAGUAUUCUCUGAUAACCUCAGCCUAUCAUAUAAUACUUCCGACUAAAUGGGCCGUGGUCCUUGUCUUUAGAAAAUCCUUUUAUCAAGCUACAAGUUUGUGUAGUUGCUGAAAGAUCCUAUGAUUCUCUUUGCUUA